AUGAAUCCAGUGAAAAACAACUUUCUCUCCAAAAAAAAUAACAAUGAUGUGGAUACAACAAAACAUGAAUCCAGUGAAAAACAACUUUCUCUCCAAAAAAAGAAAAAACAUGAUUUGGCACUUAAAUCUUGGAAAUGGAAUGAAGUUAUUGAUCUUGAAAGUUCUGAUAAUCAACAUCAGUUGACUGAUGAAGAUGUGGAUACAACAGAUACAACUGAAAAUUUGUUGGACUCAACUGUACAUAUGAACCAGCCAAUACAAGGUGAAGAUGAUGCGCCACAUCAGGCUGAAGAUGAUGUAGGUGUGAUCCAGCCAAAUCCAGUUGAAAAUGAUGUAUGUCAUCCAACAAGAGCUGAUGUGGCUUGGCCUGAUGAAGAAUGA